AUGGCAAAGAAGAUUCUUAUGAUUGUUGGAGAUUAUGUAGAGGACUAUGAAGUAAUGGUCCCAUUUCAAGCAUUGUUGAUGGUUGGUCAUAUUGUACAUGCAGUAUCACCAGGCAAGAAAGACAAGGAUACUAUUGCAACAGCAGUUCACGAUUUCCUCCCAGGAGAACAAACAUACACUGAAUUAAAGGGUCACAGAUUCGCACUCAACUUUGAUUUUGAUAAUGUAAAGUCAUCUGAUUAUGAUGCUUUAUUGGUUCCAGGUGGUAGAGCUCCAGAAUUCCUUAGAUUAAAUGAAAAGGUUAUUUCACUUACACAAGAAUUUCAUAGAGACAAGAAACCAAUUGCAUCGGUUUGUCACGGUCUUCAAAUCUUGUCGGCUGCAGGUAUCUUGAAGAAUGUAAAUUGUACAGGUUACUUUGCUUGCAAGCCAGAGAUUGUCCAAGCCGGUGGCAACUAUAUCGAUACACCUGCUGAUGGUGCCGUACAAGACGAUCAUAUCAUCUCUGCUGUCGCUUGGCCUGGUCAUCCACAAUGGUUAAGUUUAUUCCUUCAAAAGUUGGGUACAAAGAUUACUCUUUAA